AUGUCUCAAUUAGACUCCCUACCAACAGAAAUCCUCCUCUCAGUUGCGCAAUACCUCCCCACCCAAAAAAACUUCAGCGCCUUCGUCCGAACCACAAGAAGGACAUACACAGUCCUUCAAACAUACCUAUACAAAAACAACAUCAACAACCAUGGCAGCACCGCCCUCAUCUGGGCCGCUAAGCACGGCUACACAACCCUCGCGAAAAAGCUGCUCGAUGCAGGCGCCAGCAUAAGCGUCCUCAAAUCCCACUCAAACCACCUUAGAAGCCCCACCACCAACGUCUGUAUUUCGGGGAGCGCUCUCUCCCUUGCAGCCCGUGGCUCACACAUAGAAACACUCGCCUGUCUACUCGCCGAGACAAGGCCAGACAGAAGAUGGUAUCACGACCAGCUGGGCGAGGCGCUUCACUACGGUGCAAUUCCAGCCCAUAGCGAAGAGGCUGUAAAAUUGCUACUUCGAUAUAACGCUUCCAUGGAGCCAGGGGGUGGCGUUCUGCGAUAUUCCUCGGCACUUAACGCUGCUGUUGAUUCACGUUGGCCUGUUAUUGUACCGGUCUUGUUGGAGGCUGGUGCUUGUCACGGACAGGGUGACUUGCAUACCCCGCUCGAGCGCGCGAUUCACACGGACCAGCCGGAGCUCGUGGAUAUAUUCCUUGGGAUUGGGAUGCGCCUUGUGAAUGAUGCAGCAUUGUGUGUUAUUGCGGAGCAGAAUAAUCAAACUCUGUUAAAUGUGUUUGUUGAGGCGGGAUUGGAGAUUGAUAUGUGUUGGCAGGGGGCAUUUUUUGCGGCUGUGAAGUGUGGACAGUGUAAGAUGGUGGAAGUGUUGAUUGAGAAGGGGGUGAACCCGCAUUUAACGCAGGAUGUGUUUCUGAGUAAUUAUGAACGUCCGCGAUAUAGUGCUAUUGGGGUUUCUGUUUAUUUUAAGCGUCUGGAUGUUUUGAAGCUGUUGCUUAAGAAGGGGGUGCGUGCUGAAUGGAGUGAUCUUGUAAUGGCGCAGGAAUCAAGUUUCAAGAAAGCGGUGGCUCUUUUGUCAAAAUGCGACUUUGAAGAUGUACCAGAGAAGGAGAAUUUGCGGGUUUUUAUGGAAAAAAAGUUGAGAGAGAGGCAGGUUACAGAACCAGGGUACAAGGGCCUUGAGAUACAGGGCAAGUUAAGGACAGGUGGAGGAUAUUUUUACGAUAAAUAG